AUGGCCAAAUCGUGUGACGAUAUACCAAAAAAGUACAGUGAAGACGACAUGGACAUGGAUGAUGAGGAGGACCCUCCCGGUUGUUUCCGGAGGUUCAUUAUAUCGCUACGGAUAAACCCGAACCUUAUUAUGUUAAAAGUGACUCUCUUUGUGAUGUAUGGCGCCACCGCAUCUCUUCUUCCAUAUCUAACGAUACACAUGCAAAGUAUUGGUUUAACGGUGCCAGAGAUAUCUUUUGUAUAUUUAGCUUUACCGUUUACAACGUUUUUAAGUCCUCCGAUAACUGGAUUCCUGGUGGAUCGUUUCGGCGAGUACAAGCCCGUUGUGAUAACGGCUUUGAUAUUAAACGCAGCGUUUCAUCAUUCCCUACUCCUGAUACCGCAUCAGGAAACGCCAGGAGUUAUGCCAUCCGCAUACGUUAUGAGACAUCCGAUAAAGGAGAGCGUCGAGAUAUGGUGGAGCCCGUGUCCGAGCAGAGAAUGCCCUGAUGAGGACGAACAAGUAGAUUUUGUUCUCGACCGAUGUGUGGACCACUGCAUGUUAUUCAGACCGACGGAGACCAGCCCCACAAGUGACCCGACAGAUGAUAAGGAUGACAUCGAUGUUCACAUUGUACAAAAGAUUUAUCCACCUAAUUUAUCCAACAGCAGCUUUGUCAAUGGGACCUACGAAGAAGAAGAUUAUAAUGACGCGGCCUUCUUUUUAAUUGAAGUACACGAUGACUUAGGCGAGCCAAAAGAACAACUUGGUAUUGAAAUGGAAAGGGAUGACAAUGACACUGUAACGGACUUUAGAUCACGAUUUGGUGAGAAACUCCUACUAGCCCAAGGUGUAAAUAUUACUGCUCUCGAUAAAGAAGAUUUGAGAUGUGGAGGUCUCGUUAUGUUACAUAACAUGACCAAGUUAUCUCAACUACGCCUUGCAACCCUAUCUGCGGACUGUAUGGUGCAAAAAUGUGAUUUUAGAAAAGGUGGCCCGGAUGUUUGCCCACCGGACUAUAAGGAAAGCGACGAUAAGACUUUUUAUAUCUAUUUCUUCUUACGAUUUAUGGGCACCAUCAUGUUAUCAGCUGGCGUGACAAUCAUGGAUCCUAUAGCAUUGACAAUGAUUCAAAAGUAUGGAGGAGAUUUUGGUAGAGAGAGGCUGUUCUCUAGUAUUGGAAUGGCGAUAUUCUCACCGAUUACCGGCAUGUUAAUAGAUAUGAGGAGUAAACAAGUUGGGUAUACAGAUUAUUCUGCUGCAUUUUAUACAUAUGACGUGUUACUUUUAAUAUCAGCUAUUACAGUCGCUGUAAUGCCGUUAGGAGCUAAAUUGCCAGCAGAUAAUUUGUUGCACGAUUUAAUUAAUAUCAUCAAAAUGCCGCAUAUUAUAAUAUUCAUAUUCUUCUUAUUUGCGUUGGGAAAUUUCUGGGGUUUUAUUGAGUCGUAUUUAUUUUUAUAUCUGAAGGAGUUGGGUGCACCGAAUUUUCUCUUAGUAGUAUCGCGACUGUGCAUCGGUACGUUGCGUAUAUCAGACGCAAUAACAUCCCAAAUCGGCCAUUAUCAGAUGUCGUCUAUCAUGGUCGUGUUCUUUUGCAAUAAUGGUACAUGCUAA